AGGGGGAAGCAGGCUGGCUGCCGGAUCUCUCCUCUCUCUCUCUCUCUCUCUCUCUCUCUCUCUCCCUCCCAGCUCAGCUCAAAGUGCCGUCUGCCUCUCCAGACCUGCCAUGGCCGUUCUGCCUGGAUAUGCCUUCUUCAUUCUCCUGCUGCACUUUCAGCUCGCCCGCGCGCUCUAUAUCGCCGACAGCGCAGAUUCCCUGCAGCAUGUCCUGAGGGAGUACGGCCUGGUGAAGCCGGUGAGCGUGGAUGAGGAUGGACGCUUCCUCUCCCACUCUGUCUCCGUCGGCCAGCUGAGUAGGCAACAGCCCCUCCGGCGCAAGCGGAGAGACACCCACCUGAACGGAGUGCAGGAGCAUGCGAGCACCAGAGAGACGCUCUUUUACAACGUUACUGUUUUUGGGCAGGAGUUCCACCUUCAUCUCCGGCGUAAUUCACGCCUGGUGGCACCUGGUGCAAUGGUAGAGUGGCUUGAGGAGGACAACCAAACCCACUCAGAGCCGCUCCUGGCCAGUGACUGUCUGUACGUGGGCCACGUUACUAAUGUACCAGAUACCUCAGUGGCCAUCAGCAACUGUGAUGGCCUGGCGGGGAUGAUCCGCGCAGGUCAGGAGGAGUUCUUUAUCGAGCCGCUGGAGAGAGGAGGAGGCGACAUGACAGGAGAGGAGGAGGGAGGAGACGGACGACAUCACAUCCUCUACCGCUCCUCCGCCAUAAAGAAGCCGGCCAUCAGUCACACGGAUGAUUUUCCCCCCAGAGUUUCAGCGCUGGGUGGCCUGGCUGGAUUGGAGGCUCUCUCCAGAGGGUUUGAACAGAAAGUGAACAGCAGCAGACGUUCCAAAAGACAAUCACACCAAGACGAGAUCUUCAACAUUGAAGUGCUCCUGGGAGUUGACUGCUCAGUGGUUCAGUUCCAUGGCCGAGAGCACAUCCAGAAAUACCUGCUGACACUUAUGAACAUAGUGAAUGAGAUCUAUCAGGAUGGUUCACUGGGCGCUCAUAUCAACGUAGUAUUGGUGCGAAUCAUGAUGCUUUGCUCUCCCAAGUCUAUAGGUCUGAUUGAGCUGGGCAACCCUUCUCAGAGUCUGGAGAAUGUUUGUCGAUGGGCCUUCCUGCAGCAGAAAGAGGACGAGAAUGAUGCAGAGUACCACGAUCAUGCUAUCUUCCUCACAAGACGAGAGUUUGGGCCUACUGGCAUGCAGGGUUACGCUCCAGUGACUGGCAUGUGUCAUCCUGUGAGGAGCUGCACUCUGAAUCAUGAGGAUGGUUUCUCCUCUGCCUUUGUGGUGGCUCAUGAGACAGGACAUGUGUUAGGGAUGGAGCACGAUGGCCAGGGCAACGAAUGUGGUGACGAGGUCCCGAUGGGCAGCAUCAUGGCUCCACUUGUGCAGGCGGCUUUCCACCGCUUCCAUUGGUCCCGCUGCAGCCAUCAGGAGCUCAGUAGAUAUCUCAACACCUACGACUGUCUUCGUGAUGACCCCUUUGACCAUGAGUGGCCGUCUCUGCCACAGCUGCCAGGCCUGCAUUACUCCAUGAAUGAGCAGUGCCGCUUUGAUUUUGGCAUGGGCUACAUGAUGUGCACGGCGCUGCAAAAGGUGGCACGCUCAGCGAAGCAGUACAGCACCUACGACCCCUGCAAGCAGCUGUGGUGCAGCCACCCGGAGAACCCUUUCUUCUGCAAGACCAAGAAAGGCCCUCCAAUUGACGGCACCAAAUGUGCCACAGGAAAGCACUGCUUUAAGGGUCACUGUAUCAAGCUGUCACCAGACAUUCUGAGGCAGGAUGGCCACUGGGGCCAGUGGACUGAUUUUGGCUCCUGCUCGCGCACCUGCGGAGGAGGUGUCCGCUUCCGCACCCGCCAAUGUGACAACCCCAUCCCUGCCAACGGUGGGCGCACCUGCUAUGGAAACAACUAUGAGUUCCAGCUAUGUAACACUGACGAGUGUGCCAAGGCCCAAGCAGACUUCAGAGAGGAGCAGUGCAAGAUGUGGGACCCACAUUUCGAGCACCAGGGGGCCAAGCACCACUGGCUGCCAUAUGAGCAUCCUGAACCUGAGGAGAGAUGCCAGCUGCACUGCCAGUCUAAAGAGACGGGCGACGUGGUGUCCAUGAAGAGGAUGGUGCAUGACGGCACACGCUGCUCCUAUAAGGACCCUCACAGUGUGUGUGUGCGUGGAGAGUGUGAGAAAGUGGGCUGUGAUAACGUGAUUGCCUCAGAGCUCGAGGACGAUAAGUGUGGCGUAUGUGGAGGGGAUAACUCCACCUGCAAGAUCGUCAAAGGAAACUUCACUCGAAGUGCCAAGAAACUAGGUUUCCUGAAGAUCCUGGAAAUUCCCCGAGGAGCAAGGCAUGUUUUUAUUCGAGAGUUUAAAGGAACCCCACACAUUCUGGCGGUGAAGAACCAGGCCACAGACCACCUGUUCCUGAACGACGAGGGUGAGUUUCCUGAGUCAAGAACAGUCAUCGAGAAAGGCGUACUGUGGGAGUAUAGCAACGAUGAUGAUAUGGAGACAGUCCAGACCACAGGGCCACUGGGAUACGGAGUCCUCAUCAUGGUCCAAUCUCACAGCACAUCCAAAGUCACUCUGUCCUACAAGUAUAUCUUGCCAGAAGACCCUGCAUCGUCUAUGGAGAACAGCUUACCGCAAGACGACACAGUCUACUUCGAGUGGGCUCUGAAGAAAUGGUCCCACUGCUCCAAGCCAUGUGGUGGAGGGAAGCAGUACACGCGCUUUGGCUGCCGCAGAAAGUCAGAUGGUAAGAUGGUGCACCGCACACUCUGUGCCAACAUUGCCAAACCCCGCGCCAUCAGCCGAGCCUGCAACCAGAAGCAGUGCUCUGAGCCAGUUUGGGUGACAGGAGAAUGGGAGGAGUGCAGUAAGUCAUGCGGUAAGACGGGCACUCAAACUCGGCCUGUGCGCUGUGUGAGGCCUCAGCCGGACGGCACACAGAAAACCAUCAACUCCAAAUACUGCAACGAUGACCGACCUGAGGGCCGCCGCAGCUGCAAUCGGCAACUCUGUCCUGCCCAGUGGAGAACUGGACCCUGGUCCCAAUGCUCUGUCACUUGUGGAAACGGAACUCAGGAGCGGCAGGUUAUGUGCAGCACUCCCGAUAAUGCUAUUGGUGUCUGUCUGGACACUAAACCAGAGAACAUCAGGAAAUGUCAGCUAAUGCCAUGUUCCGGUGAUAAGGGGAAUUUCCUGAUCCAGUGGCUCUCCAGGGCAGACCCCGAGUUCCCGGCCCCCAAGAUAUCCUCAAGGACACGCUGUAAAGGAGAUAAGUCAGUCAUCUGUCGAAUGGAGGUGCUGAGCAUGUACUGCUCCAACUCUGGCUACAGGCAGAUGUGCUGCAAGUCCUGCAGUGAGGGCAACAACACCUCAAGCCUCAACCUGACCUCAAAGCCCUGGACCUACAUUUCAGUGGCUCCAGGCACGAUCAUUCCUAUGGUUAGGAAUGUCACACAGCCCUACACCCUCCGCCAGGUUCCCAUCACCCACAGCUACUACACCACCAUCAAAUCUUCACUCAGCAAGCAAGGAUCACCUACAAGCACCCCCACGCCUUGGAGAUACACCACCACUCUGAACCCCCUCACUCUGAGGAGAGGAACUACAUUUCCCAUCACCACCAGUGCCUUCCUGGAGGAAACCGAUGGCCCAAGCACAGCAUUCGACGAGGAAGACAGCUCUGAGUCAUGGACAGUGAUCACAAGCAACGAGGUCUCAGGGUCCACUACUUGGUUUGAGGAUUUCUCGUCAACUGUUGUUCAAUCCUCAACCACACCCAGAUAUGUAGGUGCUGAAAAAUUAGUUACAACUCAAACAGUUACAAUGCCUCCAGUUACAACACCAACGGUUACAACACCAGCUGUUACAACAGCAGUGCAAUCUAGGUUUAUUAUAACGAGCCCACCAGCUAUAGUAAGCCUUCACAGAUCAGAGGACAGGAAGGAAAAUAACUCCAUUGAUGUGUCCUACAAGGUUGUGGAUGUUAAUGAAGUCGCCCAGAACCACUUUAUAUCCAGAAAGCGGGUGCUCUUCCAAGAGAAAACACACAAUAAAAGGAUUCAGGAGCUCCUUGCUGAGAAAAUGAGGCAAGACUUUCUUCUAAGAAGACUGAAAAGAAAACCUGGAGACUGAUCAAUUUUCGCUUUUCUUCCUGUCUCAUGGAAAACACUUCAAUCUCUCAGAUGUAUUCUAACAUCUUUGGUAAAAUCCACCUCCACAAUGCUGAGACAUGCCCGGAAGUCUUUGAACAUUUAUCUGCUUAUUAGCCUUCGUUUCUAUAUCAAAGCUUUACGUUUCUUUUUUAGCCGUCCCAGCGCUCUCUGUCCUGAAAUAAAUGUACUCACAGAAAUGCAUUUACAGUGGAAAAAGGCUUUUCAGUUGAUUAAGAUAAGAGGAUAUCAGGGAAGCUUAUGAAGUACAAAUUUCACUUUCAUCUCUGAUGUGGCCAUUUAAAGGGAUCAUUUUUAAAGCAGAUUUAUUGUUUCUCUCAUAUGGAAAUUGUACUUGUACAUCUUUCAGUGGGUGUCCAACUAAGUGGAGCAAUACAUCUAGAUUAAAAAUCUAAAUAUUUUCUUCUAAGGAUCAUUUCAAACAGUAGAAUUAUUAAGCAAGCUGACAAAUAUGAACGGUCUACUUUCCUUCAGCUCACGUUGUUAAAUAUUUUCCAUUGUUGAUUUACAUCAGACAUCUAACCUUGAGAGACGUUUUGUGGUUUUGUCUGUGGCAGAUUUUUCCAACCACUGAUUUGAAGUUGGAGGUGUUGGCAGCCUCUCUGCUUUAAAGAAUCAUUCCACUAUUCUAAACAUAAGCCUCAUAUCAGCACUAAUAUAUAUGGAAAUGACAGUCAGAAACGUACUGUUGGUAGUGAAUCUGGAUUGGCAAUAAUUUUCAUCAUUUAAAAAUAUACAUCUUUUUUGUAUCUUGAUGGUUGGUUCAUGGUUGUAUCUAUUCAUUAAGGGUCUCAUGAGACCUUUUUUUCAUGUUAUGAAUCACAGACUUGUCGUCUUUUUCAUAUAUAUUAAGGUUGUUUUGAUGCUGGUGCUUCAUUAUAAACCACCCACUCUUUCUCCCUGUGGAACUGUUGACUAGGUCCCUGCAACUUGAGCUUGAUUUGCCAAAACUCAUCUCAUAUUUCAGAUACAGAUCUCUUCGAUGAAAACUUUUUUCGCCAAGUUUUCGAGUCGUCUUUUAACGCCAUAUAAAUCCCUCGCGUUCACAUUCGUAUUCAUUGUAUUGCAUCUAUUCUACGCUUUAGCAUUUGUCAUUCAGUACCUGCACAAUAAGAACCUCCUCGUCAAUGUUGUAUAUGUGAAUCAGAAUUUUAUUUUUUAUAUUUAUUGAAGUGCCUUUGGUCAAACAGUAGUGUUUUAUGAGUCCGCUUCGAGCUUAUAUGGAAGCCAGUGCAUGUGCAGCAGUGUGCCGCCUGUAGCACCAUCAGCAUCUGGUACUAUGACAUGAUGUCCACACUGUCUAAAGCCAUUCAUUCUCUUGAAGACGAAAUGUAAGAAUGCUGUGGGUAUAUGCAUUCUUUCAUUUAUUAUUUUAAUAAAACUGCAAGUGAAGUCAAGCA